AUGAUCUUAUCACCAACCUGCCCAACCCCUUUGUCACGUAUCAUUUUGUUCUUUUUAUCGUUGUUACAGGCAAUCAUACAAACAGCCGUUGCUGCUACGUCAAUAGCUCAGCAAAGAUUCCCUAAUCUCCAGAUGGCAGUCGAUCUGGAAAUGCAAGCUUCUGGGAGUGGCAAUGGGAAACCAGAAUUUUCAGGUAUCUUCGGCAAAAUCUGCUACCUCCAGAUGGGUUUAAUGAUAUUUUCGAUACUGAGUGCGGUAGGACUUUGCGCCAUAUCUGCGAUACUGUACUUUUAUUCGGGCAAUGUCGCGCUUUACGCCUGCGUGGCUAUUAUUGGUGUCGUAGCAGCAAUAAUCGCCAUACUGGCUGAUUCGUCAUAUGCGCUCUUUCUUCAUAUCAUUGUACAGGUUCGUGAAAUUUUCGGUUUUGCCACUGUAUGGAUCGCAUUGAAAUUAAAGUCAGAAGACAAAACCUUCCUCAUACCUCACAUUUUAUGA